ACUUUCCACUCCUACAUUCUCUAUCACUCUCUUCCUCUCUUCUUUUAUUUCAAAAACAAAAAUACAAAUUUUCUCACACACUUUAUGUGUACCUAUAUGCUAAUAUUAAUUGAGAAAAUGCCACUACUGCUUCGGUUGCCGAACGUGUUGUUCGUUCCCAAGUUAUGCCGAGUUUUCUCACUCCUCCUUCAUGCAAUUUUGCUCCCUUCUGCAACCUAACAAAACCUAUCCACUCUCAGUCCCUCCCUCUCCAAACCAACAGAAACUGAGAUCUUUACAUAAAAUAUCCUCAGAAGAAGGAGAAGGACUUGGGAAAUGGAUGUGAUUGGGGAUCCAGGGGAGGGGCAAAUCGGUCAAAGAAAAUCCGGGAUGAACAAGUACACAAUUGUCUGCGCUCUCUUGGCCUCCGCAAAUUCCAUUCUUUUGGGUUAUGAUAUCGGAGUGAUGAGUGGUGCGGUGCUCUACAUCAAAGAGAAUCUCAAGAUCACAUCAACCCAAGUGGAAAUUUUGGUAGGAACCCUAAACGUGUUCUCUUUGGUAGGAUCACUAGCUUCCGGCAAGACUUCAGAUUAUAUAGGCCGGCGUUACACUAUAGUCCUAGCCGCCUGCACAUUCCUAAUAGGUGCACUCCUCAUGGGCCUAGCGCCGUCCUACCUAUUUCUAAUGGCCGGACGUGUCGUGGCCGGCAUUGGUGUCGGCUACGCCCUCAUGAUAGCUCCCGUCUACACGGCUGAGCUAUCCCCCGCCAUGAGCCGGGGAUUCCUCACCUCUCUUCCGGAAGUGUUCAUCACAUUCGGGUUAUUACUAGGUUAUAUUUGUAACUACACCUUGUCCGGCCUACCGCCGCACAUAAACUGGAGGCUGAUGCUCGGGUUGGCGGCGGUGCCGGCAAUCGGAAUUGGGUUGGGAGUUAUAGCAAUGCCUGAGUCCCCUCGUUGGCUUGUGAUGAAGGGGAAAUUAAGGGAAGCAAAAGAGGUCUUACUGAAAACAUCAUGUUCUGAAGAGGAAGCUCAACUGAGGCUUGAGGAGAUGAGUAAGGCUGCUUUGGAUUUACCCAUAGGCCCAUUAACGGCCCAGGAAGAUUCUUCAGCUGGUGAGCCUGGACGAGGGGUUUGGAAGGAGCUCUUGCUGCGUCCUUCUAAGCCCAUUCGUCGGAUGCUCGUUGCUGCCAUAGGGAUCAACUUUUUCAUGCAAGCUUCCGGCAACGAUGCCGUCGUGUACUACUGCCCGGAAGUAUUUAGGGCAGCUGGAAUUCACAGCAAGAAACAGCUCUUUGGCAUUAAUGUCAUAAUGGGCCUUGCCAAAACAUCCUUUGUUUUCAUCUCGGCGAGUUAUUUGGACCGGUUUGGGAGGCGGCCCCUUUUGUUAUUGGGCUCGGUCGGGAUGGUGGUCUCGUUAGCUGGGCUGGGCAUAGGAUCAAAAUUUCUGGAGCAUUCGAGUAGUAAGCCCACAUGGGCCAUUGCCUUGUGUAUCGUGGCUGUUUGCGCUGAUGUUUCGUUCUUUUCGAUUGGGCUUGGGCCCAUAACUUGGGUCUACUCAUCGGAGAUCUUUCCUAUGAGGUUACGGGCCCAGGGUUCGAGUCUAGCCAUAUCAGUGAACCGGUUGGUAAGCGGGGUGGUGUCGAUGACAUUUCUAACCAUCUCUAACAAGAUAACAUUUGGGGGAAUGUUUUUCGUGUUGGCCGGAAUAAUGGCGGUUGCAACGGUGUUCUUUUACUUCUUUCUGCCGGAGACAAAAGGCAAGACCUUAGAAGAAAUGGGGACGAUUUUUGAAGACAAAGACACAACAAAUGUGAAUAGGGUGACGGAAAUGAGAGAGAUGUAGUGAUUGGGCUGCCCUAAACGCCUUGUAUUUUUUGUUCUACUUUGAAUUAAAAACAUGUAAUAUGUUAAUCUAGAGUGUUGAGAUUAUAUAUUCAAAAGAUAUCAUGGUGAAAAAGCUACAAUUAGAAGUUGCUUCUAAUUAAUUAGGGAUGAAUGGUGGUGAACAAAUCCGUAACAAUAGUGACAAAGGGGAAGCUUGAUAUACUUGUAUUCUUCAAUAAAAAUGAAAAUUCUGUUUGAUUCCUA